UACCUGACCUUCCUAGCUAUUCGAACCCGUGCUUCUCACCAAGUCGUCAGCAGCAGCAGCACAGCAAAAUGGGAGAUCUUUACCGUAAUCGAUCUCCAGAUCGAUAUCGUCCUCGCGUUUCCUCCAACGCCCAGUCACGCUCCCGAUCCCCGCCACGUGCCUUUUUCCAGAACGUGGGCACACAAUGGUCCAUGAGGGUGACCAAGACGGUCGGAGGGGUUGUGCGGAAUGCGGAGUUUGUGAACCGCAGUGGAGGCGGGAAUUAUAACAUAAAAGGCACCCUGCCUGGAGGUGGCCUGGUUGUCCAGACAAAGUCGUCGGCCGGCACCCGGGCAUUUGCCGAGGAAGCGUGUAGGGAUAUGCCUAGGGAUGGUGUUGUUCUCAUCGCCAUCCCUGUAUCUUCCGGAGGCAUCAAGUGCCCAGGCAACUGGGACAGCUCUGGGCUAUUUCCAUCCCCGGGGCGUUCUGUAGCCCCCUCGGAACCUAGUGUCCAGCCUGCCGCCGCCUCAACUCACCCCCGGUCCAGUCACUCAGCGCCUCUCGCCCCCAGCCGCACUCCUAAGGCCCCUGGCCACGAUACCCCUUCCCAGGGCACACCUCCUCGCGUGGACUUGCUCCCGGGGUGCGGCAACCGCACAUCCCUUUUCAAAACCGAGGAUCUGCUUAUGAAAAUUGAACAGUUGCGGAGAGAUGCGUCAGGACGUGGCCAUUCCAGCCUCCCCCAAGGACUCCUCGCCCAAACUACCCAGAUCGCCACCCAAGGCGGAGGCAGCUUGGAUACUCAAGCCAAACAGGGGCAACAGGAACGUACAGCUUCCGGUGCCCAGGCAAGCAACGUGACCGCGUCUGUGAUCUGCAGGGAGAACAAUCGCCACAAGACCUGUGCCAAUUGUGGCCGUGUAGGUCACGCCGUCAUUGACUGCCUCAAGCCGGGGAAGAGCGGCUUCAUCGAGGCCUGUGCCAUAUGCAACGAACACCACCUCCUGGACAGCUGCUCAGUGUUCCAAAACUACAGUGUCUACCGCAAGUUGGCCUUAUGCAUCCUCCAACGAGGCCGCCGCCCGCCUCUCGCCACAGCCUUCAACUGGGUUGUCGCCUACUACGGUGUCGUUAAGGUCAGGACGGGCGCCAUGGUUCCACCCAAGGGCUGUGUUUGGCCUUCCGACUUCCCUAUCACGGCCCAAGAGGCUCGCUCAUGGCUAUGCAGGCCUGCCGAGCGUCAGCCCUGGAACUACUUCGACUACACCGCCAACCGCACGGGGGACCUAAGUCCUGGUGUCUCAACCUGGUCCUCGGCCGCCGUUCUGAGCAACUGGCACCGACUGAGUCAGACGGAACACUAUGCCGAUUCGUUUAGUCGCACAGGUUCGGAUCUCUCAUGACGGCAUCGAUCCUUUGUCUCGGAAGACCCCAGGGUGAGAUAGAUGCAUUCCCAUCCGGCUCCGCCAAGCUCAAACUAAUUCGUAUGUCGGUAGGAGUGCCCAAUGACGACAGCUUUUCCCCGGCUUGUAGAAAGCCAGAUGAACGGGGAUGUGACGACCAAAUGUCCGACACAGAAGGG